AUGCUCGAAACUUACCGAGAAUUCAGAGACAAGAAGAGCGGAAGAUCUCUAUUCGUGCCAGCCUCUAUGUGGGAGUUGAGUCCGAUACAUUAUAUCAUAGCUAUGGAACAGGUCCAUGCGUUAGAAACGGACAUCGACAAAUUGAUACAUAGUUUAGAAAGGAUAGACAGUGAAGAUUUCAAUCCUGAUCCAAGGUAUAUAGAAACUACUACUUUGAGGAGACGUCCAGUGAGACCUCGGGCUAUGGAAAUGGAGAGAAAUAUAAAGGAGAACUUUAGGGAAGAAGAAGAAACUCUGAAGCGGAGAUAUCGUGAAGAACAGCUGUUACGUCGAGUUGGUGCAUCUGGUAGACACACUAAGAGGCCCAGGUUCCAGCAGCAGUGGCCAGUUGAAGAGACAUGGCGGCUAGGACCUUACGGAGACGGCGCAAAAUAUUAUUAA